GAAAAUUGUACGGAAUUCAACUUUGUGGCUGUAGAGUGAAGACAGUUGUUUGAUAUAAUACGGAUUUGGUUAUAGUUGACAAGGAAAGUAAACUUUGAAUUUUCGUUUUCUUCAUUAGACAACAAAAAGAUAUUAUUUUAUAAACAUGACUAUGGCUAUGUUGCAACGAAGAGCUAACGUAAGAUUACCUCCCGAAGUAAAUAGGGUGUUGUAUAUACGAAAUUUGCCGUAUAAAAUUACGGCUGAAGAAAUGUAUGAUAUUUUCGGCAAAUAUGGAGCCAUUCGACAAAUUAGAGUAGGUAAUACUGCUGAAACAAGAGGAACUGCUUUUGUUGUUUACGAAGAUAUAUUUGAUGCAAAGAAUGCGUGUGAUCAUUUAAGUGGCUUCAAUGUUUGUAAUCGAUAUUUGGUGGUUUUAUAUUAUCAAAGCAAUAAGGCAUUCAAACGAGUCGACGUGGACAAGAAGAUGGAAGAAAUAGACAAAUUAAAGACAAAGUACAAUCUAAAUGAGGAAAAGAAGUAAUUAAAUAAGUCUUUCAUGAUAAGUUAAAUAUAAGUAUUAUAUUAAGAAAGUUUUAAAAAUUAGAACCUGUAUCAUGUUUUAUAUGUAUAAAUAAGAAAUGUGAAGUAUGUAUGUAUAUAUAAACCAGUAAAGUUAUGCAAUUUUUUAAAUUACGGAUCUGAUGUUUAUAACAUGUAACAACAAAAUGUAAAGAUUUGCAAUAUCUUAUUUUUCACUUCUGUCUUGCAUAAGAUAUAAUCAGUUUUCAUUUUC